ACUCUAAAAAUAGUGUAAACAAAUUCUUGUGGCUAUGAAGGUUGGUGAAGAAGAAAAUACAUUAUAAUAUCAAAUGUAGUCGUUGGUGCAAUCUAAGUAGAUCAACAAGUCCACCUUGCCAGUUGUCGGGACGACCUUUCAGGUGCAAUCGCGGGGUUCAUUGUGUUUAGAGCACUUUCUAUGACGUUGGCUUGAGGUACAAAUAUAUCCUUAACCCUAAGUGGUCGACCUCUCCAUGGUGCGGUUGGCCAGUUUCUAUCUAAACCAUAGCUAGGAAACCGGAUCGUACCGGCCGGUUCAACCGGUUUAACCGGAAAUUGGACCAAAAGCGAUACGGUAGGCUGAUUGUGCUGAUUUUACCGUACCGGCCAGUUUUUUCGGUUUGACCGGUACAAAAAGAAAAACCGCCCGGUUUUGGUUUAACCGGCGGUAGCCUUAUUGAAAGAAUACGUCCCCGUUUUAAGCACUAAAAUUAAAAAAAAAAUUCGGCAUUCAACAGCGCAAAAACACAAAACCCUAAUCCAAAAUGUAUUUUCCUUCUUCCCGUGUUCCCCAUCCCCGCCGCUCCUCUUCUCCACUCCCUCUGGUGACUGGCGGCCCGCGAUCGGCGAGAGGAAAGAAGCAACCCGCGACCGCGAAAGGUCGAGCCGAUCCCCGCUCCGCUCCUCCGCCGUUCCUCUUCUCUUCUUAUUUGGCGACCCACGACCGGCGAGUCGAGUCGUCCCUGCUCCGCUCCGACCCACGACCGGCGACCCACGACGUCCUACCGAAGAAAGGAGAAGUCUCGUAGCCGCUGAAUGUUGAAACCAAUUUUGAUCUCUCUCUUGGGCGGAUCUGAGGGAGUAGCUACCGUGGGAGAGACUAGUUGUAUCGAUUGAUGCAAUUCUCCUUCUUUUUCUUCUUCACGAUCGAUUCUCUCACUCGGGAAUUGAAAGCAGAGAACAAGAAAAGAACAAGGGAGGAGAAAUAUACAAACGUUGAUGUGUAUCGUCAACCACCGAUUGGAAACAGAGGAAGAUGGGUGGUCGUUGUUUAGAGAGAGAUGGAUAGAGAUAAGUGGUGCAGUGAUGUGGGAGAGCUAUUUGCGUAUAAAAAUAAAGAUAAUUA